UGAUGGUUCAGAACCAUUGCCGCAAGAACCGGAUGAAAUUGACCAGAGUGCUGACCCAACAUUUGAUGAUGGUGUCCAACAUGCUUCAAUUGUUGGAGAUUACAAGGGGGCAGUUGCACAGUGCAUAUCUGCAAAUAAAAUGGCCGAUGCUUUAGUUAUUGCUCACUUUGGUGGUGCAUCCUUGUGGGAGAGCACACGUGAUCAAUACUUUAGGAUUAGCCGUUCACCUUACCUAAAGGUUGUUUCUGCUAUGGUGAACAAUGAUCUCUUGAGCAUUGUAAAUACCAGACCCCUGAAAUCCUGGAAAGAAACACUUGCUCUUCUCUGUAGUUUUGCGCAGAGGGAGGAAUGGACCACACUCUGUGGCAUACUUGCUUCUAAACUCAUGGCUGCGGGUAACACUUUGGCUGCUACUCUUUGUUAUAUCUGUGCUGGAAAUAUUGAUAAAACUCUGGAAAUUUGGUCGAGGAGUCUUCAAACUGAGCAUGAUGGGAAAUCCUAUGUUGAUCUUGUUCAGGAUUUGAUGGAAAAGACCAUUGUGCUUGCCUUGGCAACUGGGCAAAAACGAUUCAGUGCAUCUUUGUGUAAGCUGGUUGAGAAAUAUGCUGAAAUUUUAAGAAGUCAAGGGCUUUUAACAGCAGCAUUGGAGUGCCUUAAACUUUUGGGUUCUGAUGAAUUGCCGCCUGAACUUGUGAUCUUAAGGGAUCAUAUUGCAUUCUCUGCAGAACCUGUCCAUCAAAAGCCUGUCAUUGCAACAUUGACAAGGCUUUCCAAUGAGAAGUCAAAGCUGGGAGGUUCACGUGCAAAUCCAGCUAACAAGCGUAAAAUAGAAGUCAAUUCUAGGAAAUCAGGGGCCUCUUUUGCAAAACUCAAUAGUGGGGACUUAGCAUCUCGGGCUCGUCAAGGCAUCAACCAAAAGAGUAUGCUGUUGUUGCCCCCUUCACGGAUGAGCAAACAACCUCUAAGACUUCGUACCGCAAGGAAAAAGUUAGAAUUUUUUGACAUGAAAUCUGGUGGUAUCACUGGUAUGGCAUUUUUCUGAAACAUUAUGCUCACUGUCUUUUUUUUUUUUUUUCAAAUGACUUCAGGGCCAUAGUGUAAGUUGCCCCCUUUCUCUUUAUGUAAAUAGCUCUAAUGUCAAUGAUCUUGGGAUCCUUGGGUGAUUUGGUUUCUGCUCGUAUAAGAUUGUUCAAAGCCGUUUGGGGCUCUUAUUUUGUAUUGUUGUCUGCAAUCGGCAUGUAUAAUGAUAUCUGGAAAUUAGUAGAAUCUCAUUGUAUUGAUAUUGACAUGGUAGCAACCAUCAUCUAAGAGAUCUGA